AUGAAAAGAGGGUUAAUAGUUAAAAGGGUAAACUACUUAGUGAUUGUCGAGAUGUCAGGGAAGGAGGUGACAAAGAAGGCUAAGCACACGAAGGCAGUCAAAAUUGCGAACCCAUUGAUUAAAUCCACUCCAAAGACCUUUGGGAUGGGGAAUGUCCAACACAAGAGAGAUUUGUCGCGAUAUGUCAAAUUCCCAAGAUAUGUCCGAGUCCAGAAGGAGAAGAGAAUUUUGAUGAAGCGUUUGAAAGUCCCCCCAGCGGUCAACAUCUUCUACAACCACACUUUGGAUAAGCAGAAUGCUCUUACUCUCUUCAAGGUAUUGGAUCACAUUAAGCCAGAAGAAAGUGCUGUCCGAAGAGCUCGCAUCAAAGCCGCUGCCAAGGAAUUAGCCGAGAAACUUGCUAAGAAGGAGAAGGCUCCAAAAGUCACCAAAAACACUGAGGUGAAGCCAUUUGUCAAGUCCGGAUUGAACUUGGUCACUAAGUUGAUCGAAAAGAAACAAGCCAAGUUGGUCAUCAUCGCUCAUGAUGUCUGCCCACUCGAGAUGGUCUUGUUCAUGCCAUACUUGUGCAAGAAGCUCGAAGUCCCAUACUGCAUUGUUAAGGGUAAGGCUAGACUCGGUAAGAUCAUCCACAAAAAGACUGCUGCUUGCCUUGCUAUCACUGAUAUCGCUAAGGAAGACACCGCCAGCUUCAAUGCUCUCGUCGAGAACGUCAAGUCUUUGUACUUCGAUAACGUCCACAUGUACAGAGAGUUCGGUGGAAGAAUCAACGGAUUCAAACAUAACCAGAAACAAAUGAAACUCCAAGCCAAACUCGACAAGGACUCCGCUGAUAAGGCUAAACAACAAGCAGCGUUGACCGUUAAUACACCCGUCGAAGCUCCAGCUGCUGCCCCAGAAACCAAGGCAUAA